UUGGAAUGUCGAAUAUAUGCAUAAUGUUUUACUGGUUCAAUUGCAUAAUUUGUUUCUAGUGUGUGAAAACGUGCAUACAAUUAAUGAAUCUUCCGUGUUCUCUAAUAUUCCAUCAGGAUAUAACACACUUGACUAUUAUUGAACAAUAAAUGUUUGAAGGGAAAUGGGUCAAAGAGUUUCCAAUGUAAGUUUAGAAAGCAUAGACGGAAUGGAUUUAAUAUUUCAUAUGAUCAUUUUUAAUUCAUGGAGAGGUCUAAACAUAGGAUUGGCCUUAUUGGUUUUAUCACUCAAUGCAGAAACAGCAACUAAAGGAAACUGUGUUAACGAUGGGUACGUAGAACAAGGAGGCAAGUGCUGCACGAAUUUUUACCAGCACAAUGGUGGAUGCAUUCCCUGCCCUACAGGUUCCUAUGGAGAUAACUGUUCCACUACUUGUCCAUACCCGUCUUACGGGGAGAACUGUGGUUUCCAGUGUAAAUGUAGUGCGGAUGAAGUUUGUAGUUCCCAUAUAGGGUGUGUCAAAACAAGUACCGCGUCCAAUUCUACAACAAGUACCGAAACAGGAAACGACAUGAAGUCAAUUCAAAAAUCCCCAAAAGUCGAAACAAAAUCAACGAGAAAUCCUUACAGUUCAACAGUAGACGAAGUAUAUCCUGUUCCUACGGAUAUCAUUCCUACCUUAGCUGUGGUAUCCAAGAAAACAAAUUAUGUGACUCCUAAGUCAGCUUCUGGAGGUAAGUCACAAACCUUGCAGGUCAUCAUAAUCACAGGAUCUAUAUUAUCUUUAUUUCUGAUCAUAAUAAUAAUCAACCAGAUUCACGGAAAACUGAAAAAGCGUAGGAAAAACAUUUCUGGAAGCAAAAAGCCUAAACCCUCGGCUACAAACGAAGCAGAGGAAGAGCCUUAUGUAGAAAUAAACGAGUCUGGCAUGCUGGAAAAUAUUUCAAGAUACGACAAAAUCGAGUCGCAAACGUCAAUAAAACAGCAAAACUCAAACGGAGAUGUUUCGAAAAUUGAAAUCCGUAAUGAAACAAAACCAAUGCUUCCAAAAUUAAGAAAUGAAGUCAUUGGUACAAAAUCAGAAGAACUUAGUGUUAGACAAGAAGAUGAGAGUUUGGAAGAGAGAUGUUCAGUUUAUCUGGAUGUUGUGACUGACAAUCUUAAUGAAUCCCCGGAUAAUUCUUACCUGAAACCAGUAGGUAUGUUAAACAUGUAUAUAGACGUGAUAGGUUCGCCACCAAAAGGGAUGUCAGAAAGCGGAAGUCGGACCGAGUGUCAGACCUUUGAAGUGGAAAGUCCAUCGAUCUGUCAAAGCGAGCUAACCAGUCAAAUGGACACAUAUCUUGAAGUUAUCCAUGAGUAGAGAUCAUUCACAUAUGUAUUUUGUUUUUAAUCUUGUAUGACAAAUACUUGUAAAAACUUAUGUGGAUCAGCAUGUACUAAUACAGAUUAAACGUAACUUUCAACGAUAAAAA